GAGAUUUAUCCGACUUGAAAUACAUCAAGGAUACAAAUUAUUUAAAAUUUCUAAAACAUCUUCUUUACCUCGAAGAACAUUACAGCCAAGAAUCCGCCGAUCAGCUAUUUCGAGACAAAAUUAAUCGAGCAAAAUGCCCUCCAGAUUCUGAUAAUUUUGAUAUUAGAAUUCCUCUAAAACUUUUGAAUAAAAAUGUAAAAGAUUCUAUAAUGUUUAACGACAUUGUCGAAGUUCAAGCACUUACAAGUCCAACGAAAUACAAUUUAGUAAUAACGAAGGUGGAUCUGAAUCUGAAUAUCGUAAACGUGAAAGCCCCAUCUGGUUUCAUGAACAUAUAUCAAGAAGGAGCGGAAUAUAUUGUCAAGUUUAAAUGUUCAAAUUGGCCAAUUCGAGUGUGUCAUUAUGCGAUCAGUUUACUCGAUGAAUCCAAAUUGUCUCCGCUCUUGAAUCCUACCCUGAGGGAAGUUUGCAAACAACCGAUUCCAGUUUUGUCCUGGUUCAACAAAAAUAUAGAAAGGAAUGCUGAACAGAUGCAAGCUAUUCAAAGAAUUUUGGGUCAAACAGCAUGUCCUUCCCCUUAUUUGGUUUUCGGCCCUCCAGGAACUGGAAAAACGGCCGCAAUUGUAGAGGCAAUUUCCCAGAUUUCGAAAAUUUUAAAGAAAAAAGUUCUUGUCUGCACACCCUCAAAUGCGGCAGCAGACGAAAUAACAAAGCGAUUGUUGCCCAAUAUUGAAGAGGAAUUAAUCUGUCGAUUAAAUAGUCAAUCCAGAGAUAGUUACAUCUUCAUUGAUGAAGCCGGGCAAGCAACUCAGCCUCAAAUUCUAAUUCCUUUGGGAUUAACAAGGCUAUAUGAAGAUGUAAAAUGUCCACAACUGGUCUUGUCUGGAGAUCCAAAACAGUUGGGGCCUGUUGUAAAGACUAAAAUUGGUCAACACCUACUGGGUGAAUCAAUGUUGGAAAGAAUAUUUAAUAUAUCUAAACUUUAUCAGAAAGAUAAAGAUGGGAAAUACAAUUCCAACAUUUUGACAAAACUGGUAAAGAAUUAUCGAAACCACGAAACAAUUCUUCGUGUUCCUAACCAAUUAUUUUACGACAAUGAGCUAGAAUCGUGUGGUGGUAAAGAGAUCUUCCGAGCAGAAAGUUGGUCAAAAUUACCGAAGAAAAAGUUUCCAAUAAUUUUUCACGCGAUUCAUGGAAUCGAAAAAAAAUUAGAGGGUUCAACCAGUGCUUACAAUCAAUUAGAGGCGGAAAUUGUGGUCAACUACGUGAUUGAAUUGUUGGGGAAAAAAAUAAGCGAUCAUGAAAUUGAGGAAACGGAUAUAGGAAUCGUCUCUCCAUUCAAAUCGCAGGGUGGGAUCAUCAAGAAGGCUCUUGAGAAAAAAGGAUGGAAUAAAAUUUCUGUUGGUACUGUUGAAAUUUUCCAGGGCCAGGAAAGGGAUAUAAUAAUUGUCUCUACAGUGAGGUCGGUCUUAUUCCAGAAUGAUGGAAAAUUCCAUAUUGGCUUCCUAUCUCACGAGAAGCGCUUCAACGUGACAAUUACUAGAGCCAAGUCAUUGCUGAUCGUUGUGGGAAAUCCAAAAGUUUUGCAAAUAAGCGCUUGCUGGCGAAAAUUCAUUGAAUACUGCCUGGAAAAUGAAGCUUGCCUGGGUGAGAAAUUCACUUUAAGUGACUUAUCUCAGGACGAGAAAUUGAAGAUGAUGGAAAAUAAAGCCGGUGAGAGUCUCACUUUAGAAGUGUUUUUCAAGCGUUUAAACCUCGGCAAAGCGGAUUAGAGGUUUUCAGCUCAGUCCAUCAAUUUUACAAGAUGUUCACUAUUUGCUCUAAAACUC